AUGGAAUACACUGGCUGCUUAUUCGUGACAGAAGCUAUUCGUCGAAGCUGUUCAGGAUGGAAAAUUCAUGCUUGUCCUCCUUCACUCAGUAUUCUUCAUUAUCUGGACGUCAUACUUCUUUCCUCGCUGCAUAGCCACACAUCACCCUCAACUCAUCAGAUGCAUUUUCCCAUAGCACUUCUGGGCCUUGCGGCUUCCGCAUGUCUUGUUUUUACCUACCACUCUGCGAGAUUGUCUGGCACAAGCAUUGUGUGGUUUAGCUCUUUUGCGGCAUUGCUGACAUUCUUCGUGCGACUUCCACGCGUUCUUUGGUCGAAGGCAACAGCGUGCGAUAUUCCUCGUGAAAAAAGCCGCUUGCUGUCAGCAGGCGCAUGCGCUCUUCUUUUUGUGAGCGGCACUUACGGCCUGACCACGCUUGGCGCGUUACGUUUUGCGUGUGCAUGUGCCUGCACCGCGGGCGCGCAUCAUAUUGCUCAACUCCGAAGAAGCCAGCGACACACAAAGAUAGCAUGUACCGUUCUUAGUUAUAUCAUCUUAGUUUUCACAUCAGAUCCAGGUAAGCAAAAUCGCACACUCAUGCUUUAUGGAUUGCUGGGGGUCUUUGCUUCAGCAUGUGCGGUUUCUCUUUCUAUGAAGGAGAUAGUCACUAAAGCUGGUCAAACAGCGUUUCUUUUUGCUGCUUGUGGUCUAAGUCUUAUGGGGUUUAUAAUCACACUUCUGCAACGCAAGCCGAUUGUUGAGAAUGAAAUGCUACUGUUGCUUGCUUUCUGUAUUUCUGGGAUUGUUUUAGCGGGCUGCUUCACUGCGGGUCUGAGAUUACAGGGGAGCGUUACCACUUUUGUGGCUGCCAUCGCUGGUAUGUCAGCUGCAUCAGUCGUUUGCGGUGAGAAAGUUUUCCCUGCUGUGAGCGACUGGGAGAGCCUCGCUUUACUAACUUCUGCUGGUCUUAUUUUUGUCGCGCACAAAGGACUGACUUUUGCGGACGCCUCUGUAGUAUCCCUGAAUGUCGCUCCUCUUAACUCAGCGCAGAUGUUGAAGAAAACGAAGCAACACUGUGGAAAUAACAGUGUUAUUGUGACUUUACUCUCUAAUCCAAGGGAGUACAAACUUUUUGUUUUUCUUUUAUUAACAGUUGUAAUCAUGCUUUUGGAGUUUAUUUACGGUCUUGCAGUGAACUCUUUAGGACUGGUUUCGGAUUCAUUUCACAUGAUGCUGGAUGGAACAUCCAUUAUGAUUGGUCUAUACGCAGCGCACGCUGCGUCGUGGCUACCAGACGAAAAAACGCAUCCUUUUGGCUAUGCACGAUAUGAGGUUUUUGGUGGAUUUGUAAAUGGGAUUCUUCUUCUUUUUAUCGCUCUGUAUGUGAUGGUUGAAUCCGUACAGAGAUUCCUGGAUCCACCCGAAAUCGAGGGUCCAUACUUGCUUCUUGUUUCCGUCACUGGGCUAGCUGUAAAUGUUGUAGGCGUUUUGUUUUUUCACGAUGCACAUGGCCACAGCCAUUCAGCUUUGCAUGAAGAUGGUGGUGGCCAUGUGGAUCACAACAUGCGGGGGGUUUAUCUGCAUAUUCUUGCAGAUUUGCUAGGUAGUGUUAGCGUGAUAAUCUCGAGUACUUUGAUGUAUAUGUUUGGGCUCUGGAUUGCGGAUCCAAUUUGCAGUGCAAUAAGUGCGAUCCUAGUUUUACUCUCGGCGUUUCCACUACUGGAAGAAACAGGACGAGUUCUUCUUCUAUCUGCACCAAGCUAUGAACGCAAUUAUUCCGAUGAAUUACGCAAAGUACUUCUCGAAACAGCUUUGCUGCAAGAUGUUGAAUCUCCAAAGUUGUGGAUGCACUCAACUGCUCCACGUGAACUUACAAUUUGUACCGUGGCAGGAAAACUACGUAAUAAUACUGAUUACACAAGCGCAAGAGAAAAAAUUACGGAAACAGUAACAGCUCAUAUGCUGCGCCACUUGGAUGUUCAUAAUGUUAGCUUGGUACUGCACCUCGAGUAA